GGCAGCCAUUACGAUUACAGGACGAGCAUCGGAGUGCAUUGGAGUUCCGAGGAGUCAUCGUCCGAGGAUUUCGUUGCGGCUGGGAAUUGAUCGUUAGUUAAAAUCUGUUUAAAACCUCUCCAACGGCGUUCAGCGUACAAUAAUUCGCCGUUUUUUCGUUGUAAGUUGCAAUUUUCGGGCCUUAGGCGGUUCAGUGUGUGUUAGGUGGUUAAGGAGCAGGUACAGCCGUCGUCAAAACAUCAGGAGUGUAUCGUGUCAAUGACGUGACGUGACGUGACGUGAAUCAUCGCAGUUGACCACUGCAGUUGUUGCUGCUACUCCGCUGUUGCUGCUGCUGCUUCUUUUCUGCUCGCUACGUUUCAUUGCCCUCUUCCGCUGAUGGGCCGUUUGAUGUGGUUGGUCCUCUUUGUUCUCAGCAACAACAACCACACAACUUCUUAGCGUUCAUCGCGAUACCUUUUAGCUGCCCGAGGAUUACGUCCAAGGAAGAGAGUAUUACAGUGAAGAAGAGUAUUCUGUGAGAAGAUUGAUUAUAAAUAGUGCGAAAAUGAGCGUAAUAAUCAGACUACAGAAUCUUGCGUGGUCCGCAAACGCGCUGGAUAUACGCCAGUUUUUCCGAGGCUUAAGCAUCCCCGAAGGCGGGGUCCACAUCGUCGGCGGCGAAUUAGGAGAUGCUUUCAUAGCUUUCAGUACCGAUGAAGAUGCGCGUCAGGCGAUGAUGAGCGACGGUGGUAAGAUAAAAGAGAUGAAGAUAAAACUGCUGCUGAGCUCCCGCACCGAGAUGCAAAAAGUCAUCGAGGCCGCCCGCCAGCAGACGAUAUCGUUGCAGACCUUCAUGCAGAGCACGCCGAUCGCUGUGGUCCCUGCCGUACCGGCCAAGCCGGAAAACGCGCCGAUCGAGAAGAAGGAAAAAGACAAGGAUCACAAAGAAAAGGAGCGGGAUCUCGAUCCCGAGUCGACGAAAGAUCGGGGCAAAGACAAGCGAGAGAGAUCUCGAUCCCGGGACCGAUCGCGGUCCCGCGACAGGGAUCGGGACCGGGACAGGCGGGACCGGGAUCGAGGCAGGGAUCGCCGGCGCAGAGACAGAAGCAGGUCGCGGGACAGGGACCGAGAUCGUAGAGACCGGAGGAGGAGGAGGGACAGAUCGCGAUCGCGGGAUCGAACGAGGUCGCGGGAUCGGGACGGGAAACGAUCCUCGGGUGCGGACCGACGCAACAAGGAUUCGAACGACGAGGAUCAAGCGAACGACGUCGUGUGCGUAGGCCAGUUUCCGAACAAGGAUAACAACAAAACCGGGGUCAUUUCCGGACCCGUAGCGCUCUCCGUUACCGCUGGUGGCAAAAAGCCGUCGAUAGCCGAAAACGGGAUCUGGGAGGUGCCACCUCAGGCCCACAUUCAGGCCCCUAUACUGGCCCCUGGUAUCCUUGGCGCCGGCGUCGCCGCUCUCCCCAGUGAUCCCUCUGGUGAUCAGCGCUCCCUCUCAUUCGCCGCGGCGCCGAUCCUCGCCUCCCAGCAGCAGAUCAUCCAGCCGAAUCAGUUCGGCAUCAACGGAUUGAACGGCGUCGGUAGUAUGAUACAGCCUCAUUCACAGGGCAUGGCUCACUCCAUGGGCAUGACCGGUAUUGGCCAAGGAAUAUCUCCCGGCCCCAUGCCCAGUUUGAGCCCAGCGGCGGUUGGGGCGAUCGGGGUUAGCCCGAGAGGCGGGAGGGACAUGUGGUCCCAGAACGAGGCCGUUCACGGCCGGAUGGAUCAGGGCAGAUAUCCGCCCCGGGGGUCUGGCGGUAGCGGCGGGUCCUAUGGGCCCCAGGAGUCGAGGAUGUACAGCGGAAAUGGCGGUGGGAGUCCCAAUUCUAUGCAGUAUCAGCCGGGUAUGAGGCAGCCGAAUAUGCCGGGUGGCGGGUCGGGUAGCAAUCCGUUUUUAAGCAAGAUGCAGGAACUGGACAGCAGGCGAAACCCGAACGCGUUUCAGACCAAUUGUUACGGUGGUUACGACAACGGACAACAGCACGACAGGCAGCAGCAAAUGGGCGGUAGGAACAACCGCGGGUAUCAUGGAUCGGCGGAAAACGUAGUGAAACCGGCGAUAACCGGCAACUGUGUCGAGAUUCGCAACAUGCCUUUGGCUGCCGGUUACGGCGACGUAAGGCACGCCUUCCCCGGGAUCUACAUUAGGAAGGAUGGUUUGAAGUUGAUCAACGACAACCAUGGGAAUCGCGUAGGCAUUGCUUACGUCAAGUUCGGCAAGGCUGAGGGUAAGGAUUUGGCUUUAAGUGUACAGAGGUACGUUAGAGGAUCGGAAGUCGAGGUGCUUCCUCUGGACGAAGUGAUAUUCGACAAGGCCGUUGACUCCUACGUACCCGAGCUCAAGGAGAAGAGCAGGGAUCAUGGUUUGGAGCAGACUGGCGGUACCAAGGAAAACGAUCCCAGAUCUUCGACCUGCGUCGUUGUCUCGGACCUUCCGGCGUUCGCGAAAGAGAUCGACAUAGCGAAAUUGUUCCACGAUUCUAAGAUAAACAAUUUGUUCAUGAUGAUGGCUAAGGAGACUUCGACACCCCAGCUCGUCGCUUACGUGCAAUUUUCACGUGUCGAAGAGGCGAAGGCUGCGAUAUCGCAGCCGUUAAAAAUCGGUAUGAAACCUGUGACGGUGGCGACUGUUACGGAGGAGAAAUUCGUCCAGAUGAAACGGGAGGCGGAAAUAAACUCUACGGUUGCACCGAACACCGAGGCCGUUACCAUGUCGGACUGCGUGAUAAUGCGGGGAUUGCCAUUCCAGACGAUAGAUCGAGACGUGCUCGACUUCUUCUCGGACAUCGGUAUCGUGCCGCACAGAAUUCACAUGAUGCUUAAUCAGAACGGCAAACCGGCCGGCGAGUGUUUCUGCGAGUUCGACACGAGCCAGGAGGCGAUAAGAGCUACGGCCAAGAACGGUCUUCCCCUUGGAAAAAAUACACCCACCGUAGAACUCGUCUCGAGGACGACGAUGAUGGAGACCCUGGGUCUCGCCGAUUCUCAGUACCUUCAGGACAACCAGCAUUACGGGAACGCUUCCAUGCAACAGGACCAGCGAGGCAGGUACCCAGCGUCCAUGCCGCCCCACAUGGGCAGGUAUGGAAACGCCGGUUACCCCCCUCGAGGUCCUCCUGGCAUGAUGGGGGGUAUGGGGGGGAUGCCUCGUCACAUGGGGUACGGUGGCCGGCAUCCACCCCUCGAGUACGUCGAAGGCUUCGGUAAACCCGGGUGCGUGUUGUCUCUCGAGAACGUACCCUUCAAGGCAGACAUCGACGAGAUCAUCGACUUCUUUGGUGACUUUGACGUCAAGCGUGAAAACGUCAUACGACGGUACAACGACAAGGGAAUGCCGACCGGCGACGCUCGCGUCGCUUUUUGCUCACCCGGCGAGGCUCAACGCGCUCUUCGCGAAUUGAGACAUUGCAAAAUGCGCGAUCGUACGAUAUUUAUGAAAAUUGCAUGAGUCUACUCGUUCGAUUAGCAGCAUACAUGUUUACUGCUAUCACCGGGAGAUAUGAUUAUGGUAGAAAUUAAUUUCGUUUUAUACUGACUUAAAUUUAUCAAAUUUGUGUUUUUCUUUUAUCUUUUCUUUUCUUUACUUUUUCUUUUUUUCUUCUUUAUUCUCAGUUAUAUACAUCCAUGUCAUUUUUGCAUUGCAUACAAUGUAGCGUUAAACGCGAGGUAUUUAAUUCUAUACCGAAUUACAGACUGAAACACUCGAUAGAACCGUGAUGUCGUAUGUAGAAGAGUCGCGAUAU